CACACUGACUCGUAUCUCGAUUUGGACAAGUUCAUUUCGAUUUGUACUAAGUUUCAUUUCGAUUUUUACUUGCUACCGGACAAGUUCGAUCUUGUUUGUGCUGCUCCAGACAUAUAGUCGGCUAUUUGGAAGACCCGCGAUGAAAUUCCUAAUCUGUGCCCUGCUCGUGGCGGCGUCCUACGUGGCGGCCGCGUCCGCCGAGGCGGAGGUCAAAGUGGAGGAAGGAGUGCUGGUGGCGACGGUGGACAACUUCAAACAGUUGAUUGCCGACAACGAAUUCGUGCUGGUUGAGUUCUAUGCUCCAUGGUGCGGACACUGCAAGGCUCUGGCUCCCGAGUAUGCCAAGGCUGCCCAACAGCUGGCCGAGAAGGAGUCGCCCAUCAAGCUGGCCAAGGUUGAUGCCACCGUUGAGGGUGAGCUCGCCGAGCAGUACGCUGUGCGCGGCUAUCCCACACUGAAGUUCUUCCGCAGCGGCGCUCCCGUGGAGUACAGCGGUGGUCGCCAGGCCGCCGACAUUAUCGCCUGGGUGAACAAGAAGACCGGACCUCCGGCCAAGGAGCUGACCAGCGUUGCUGAUGCCGAGCAGUUCCUUAAGGACAACGAGAUCGCCAUCAUUGGAUUCUUCAAGGAUACCGAGUCGGAGGAGGCCAAGACCUUCACCAAGGCCGCCAACGCCCUGGACUCGUUCGUCUUUGGUGUGAGCAGCAAUGCCGAAGUGAUUGCCAAGUAUGAGGCCAGCGACAACGGAGUGAUUCUGUUCAAGCCCUUCGAUGACAAGAAGUCCGUGUUCGAUGGUGAGCUGACCGAGGAGAGUCUGAAGAAGUUCGCCCAGGUGCAGUCCCUGCCUCUGAUCGUUGACUUCAACCAUGAGUCCGCUUCCAAGAUCUUCGGUGGCUCGAUCAAGUCGCACCUGCUGUUCUUCGUGUCCAAGGAGGCCGGUCACAUCGAGAAGUACGUGGAUCCUCUGAGGGAGAUCGCCAAGGAGUACCGCAACGACAUCCUGUUCGUGACCAUCUCGGCCGAUGAGGAGGACCACACCCGCAUCUUUGAGUUCUUCGGCAUGAACAAGGAGGAGGUGCCCACCAUCCGUCUGAUCAAGCUGGAGGAGGACAUGGCCAAGUACAAGCCCGAGUCGAACGAUCUGUCCGCCGAGACCAUCGAGGCCUUCCUCAAGAAGUUCCUCGACGGCAAGCUGAAGCAGCACCUGCUGUCCCAGGAUCUGCCCGAGGACUGGGACAAGAACCCCGUCAAGGUGCUGGUCUCCAGCAACUUUGAGAGCGUUGCCCUGGACAAGAGCAAGAGCGUGCUGGUUGAGUUCUACGCCCCAUGGUGCGGCCACUGCAAGCAGCUGGCUCCCAUCUACGACCAGCUGGCUGAGAAGUACAAGGACAACGAGGACAUCGUCAUUGCCAAGAUGGACUCGACCGCCAACGAGCUGGAGAGCAUCAAGAUCUCAUCCUUCCCCACGAUCAAGUACUUCCGCAAGGAUGACAACAAGGUCAUCGACUACAAUCUGGACAGGACCCUCGAGGAUUUCAUCAAGUUCCUCGAUUCGAACGGUGAAGCCGAUUCUGACCCCGUCGAGGAGACCGAGGAGGAGGAGGCGCCCAAGAAGGACGAAUUGUAAAUCCACCACACACACACACACACAAACACAUCUAAACACGCAAAACAAACGAAGAAAAUCCAACAAUUUGAACAGCAACAUCCGUGCAACAAACAACAAAAUGCCACAACUUAGCAACGUA